GCAACUAUCUCAUCUGAUAUAUCCAAACUAGUGGAUAAUUCCUUCCCAUCUAGUACUACCAAGAAGACUAAGAAAUAAAUAUUUAUCAUAUUUUAUGAGAGUUUUAGGAUCCAGACUUCAAUCGACGAAUUUUGAGGAUCCUGACCAUGUAAAAACUUUAAUAACGCGGAAAUUAGGAUCUUCCAAAUCGCCAAAAUACGGCACAAAGAAUUCGGACAUUCUAAAAUUUGAGCAGUUAUAUAGCAAAUUAAAUCAAAAGAGAAAGAAUAGGACUACAUCAAAGAGUGACUUGACCUCGAUUCUCUAUAUUCUCUACAAAAUCAGCAACAUCGAGUCUGAUAGCAACAGUUCAUCAGAACUGUUGCAGACCUUACUACAAAACGUUGACUAUAAAGAAGAAAAUCAGGAGCAGGACAUGGAGAUUGAUGCGCCACAUUUUAAGCCUCAUAAUGAGAACAAAUCAGGGCAAUUCCAAUUUUUAAAAAGCUUCAGAUACCGCAGUCAAGAUAUUUCUGAAGAAGCAUUGUGUAAAGAUCUCCUCUAUGUAUUCCAAGGGAUUGAUGGCCAAAAUAUUAGUUUCUCCAUCCUAGAAGACUCGUUCGUUCUUGCUCCUAAUGUCAAUGUAUCAGAGUCUACCAGAAAAUUAGUAACUGAGAUGUGUGAGCUUGGAUGGCUAUAUAAGAAAGUUAAUGACUUCAUGAACAGAAAUAUUGACUCUACUUAUUGAGACCAAGUUACCCAGAGCCUGUGAUUUGCUUUCCAAGCAGAGCUUACUGAAUUUUAUCGAUUAAUUGCAAUUUUGGAAAACCAGCAUCAAAAUUAUGACGAAACAGACCCUGCCAAUUGAUUAAACCUCAGGAAGUUAUACUUGCAUAUUCAGGAACCUAUGGAGAGGAUGAAAUGGUUAGCAAUAAUAGUGGACUCGAUACAAGGACUUAAAGGAGGAACAAUAAUCAGCUCUAUUCAUAGCUAUGUCCUCCAUGGUUCCCCUGUAACAAAAAUGUUACUUUCCAAAUUGCUCAGAGAAGUUUCAGCUCCAAUAUUGACAAUGAUAAAAACAUGGAUGAUUGAAGGUGAGCUUAAUGACCCAUUCCAAGAAUUCUUUGUAAGCAUGGAUCCAAAUGUGCCUAAUGACCUUAUCUGGACUCAGAAGUAUGACUUAAAACCUUCAAUGAUUCCCUCAUUUUUGACUAAUGAUUUUGCCAGAAAGAUCUUAUUAACAGGGAAAGCUGUAAACUUCAUUAAAAAGUGAUGCCACGAAGAGGAUUGGGUCCUUGAUGCUAAUGAACAUAUCCCAUUCAAUGCAGAUACCUUUUCUAGUGAUGAAAAUAGUUACUCAACUCUUCAGAAUUGGGUUGACCAUGCUUACAAAGUGACUAAUAAAGAGCUUAUUGAAUUAAUGUUUGAUAAAUACCAGUUCCUGACACACUGAAGAGCCCUUAGAAAGUACUUGCUUCUUGGUCAAGGAGAUUUCAUUCAAAACUUGAUGGACUCAAUGGUAAAUGAGUUAUCGAAGCCUGCUGGCCAACUCUAUAAGUAUAACUUACUUGGAAUUCUAGAAUCAGCUGUCAGAUCAUCAAAUGCGAAUAUGACAGACUCAGAAUUCCUGAAAAGAUUAGAUGUCAGACUUUUAGAAGCAAGUCCUGGUGACAAUGGAUGGGAUAUCUUUUCACUUGAUUAUAAAAUAGAUGCUCCGAUCAAUACCAUACUUACUCCUGAAAUAAUUCAGGGGUACCUCAAGAUCUUCAGUUUGCUCUGGAAAUUAAAAAGAGUUGAGCAUUCUCUGAACAAGACCUGGGUACAGCAAACAAGCUAUAAGAAUGAGCUAUAUUCAUUGAAAGAGAUUAGAUCAGAUCUCCACAGAUGUAACCUAUUGCGAAACGAGAUGCUGCAUUAUAUAAAUAACCUCCAUUCAUAUCUCCAGGUAGAAGUUAUUGAAAGUGAGUGGAAGAAAUUCCAAGAAGACCUAGAUCAUGCAGAAGACUUGUAUGACAUCAUGCGAGUUCAGAGAAAGUUCAUCGAAGUUAUCCAUAAAAGAGCAAUGCUAACUCAUGAGCAUAUUGAACUUUAUCAACUAAUGAUCAAAAUAUUUGAGCAGAUUCAUCAAUUUAGUAGAACUCAAGAUAUUCUCUAUUCAUCUGCACUUGAAGAAUACCACAAGAGGCAAUCAAUGAUGGACGAUGGAGAUGAGUACUCCCAAGUAAUCUCUCCUGAUGCCAGCAAUACUCUGAAGCAGCUUGGAAAAUAUUACAGGGCUAAUUUUGACAAGUUCAAUGAGGCACUUAGCAUCCUCGAAAUCGAUGAAAAAUACCUCAGCUUUAGGCUUGACUUCAAUGAAUUUUAUAAGGACUCUAGGGAAAGAGAAAGCAUCAGCCAGAUUCAUCAUGAUCAUGGCUUCGACCAACUUGAUGUUGACCACAUCGAAGAUGACGAUGAUGAAGAAGAUGAAGAGGAGGAAGAUGAAGAUGAUGAAGAACAUAUUAACACUGACGUUUAUAGAAUGCCUCAUGGUAAAAGGGGCUCCAAAGGGUUCAGACCCCAAUAAUUUUGAUCGACUCAAUUUAAUAUUUA